ACCUACAUCCACCAAUUAUUGAUAUGAAUCAUCUUCUCUCUUUUAUCUCCCGUUUCUCCGUACAGUACUCUUUCCUUUGCUUUGCAUAACCACUCUAUUUUCGUCUCUUCCAAACCAAGAAUAAAUCGCCACUUUUCAAUUUCUUCAUCUCUCUCCAUGGAUUCAAACCUUUCUGAACAAGUUGCUUAUGACUUCUCUCCCUUCUUUCGCAUAUACAAAGAUGGUCGCAUAGAGAGACUAUUGGGGGUCGACGUAGUCCCUCCUGGUCUAGACCAAGAUACCCAAGUCCAAUCCAAAGACGUUAUAUAUUUGCAAGAAAAAAAUCUUUCUUCCAGGCUUUAUCUCCCAAGAAAUGCCAUUAACUCUGGCAAGAAACUACCUCUUCUUGUUUACUAUCAUGGGGGCGGCUUUUGCAUUGAAACUCCCUUCUCUCCUGCAUACCAUAAUCAUCUUAAUAACUUCGUUGCAGAAGCAAAUAUCAUAGCAGUUUCUGUUGAUUAUAGAAGAGCACCAGAGCAUCCUCUUCCUAUUGCAUAUGAAGAUUCAAGGGCUGCACUUAAAUGGGUUGCUUCCCAUGUUAAUGGAAGUGAACCUAAAGAGUGGUUGAAUAGCUAUGUUGAUUUCGGCAAGGUGUUUUUGAGUGGAGAUAGUGCAGGUGCUAAUAUAGCACACCAUAUGGGUAUUAGAAAUGGGAAAGAGAAAUUGUUAGGUGUAAAUCUUGUAGGGAUUGUUUUAGUGCAUCCUUAUUUUUGGGGAAAGGAACCUAUAAGCAAUGAGGCUAAAGAAAGUGAAAAAAGAGCUACAGUUGAUGGUUUAUGGCGUUUUUCUUGCCCUACAACAAGUGGAUGUGAUGACCCUUUGAUUAAUCCACUUGUUGAUCCUGACUUGGGUAAGCUGGGGUGUAGCAGAGUCCUUGUUAUGGUUGCUGAGAAGGACUUGUUGAGGGAUAGAGGAUGGCAAUAUUAUUAUAAGUUGAAAGAGAUUGGAUGGAAAGGUUUAGUGGAGAUUAUGGAGAGUAAAGAGGAGGAUCAUGCGUUUCAUAUGCAAAAGUCUAGUUGUGAAAAUGCUGUGGGUAUGCUUAAAAGAAUGGCUUCUUUCAUCAAUGAAAAUACAACUUAAAUUGCUAAAAUGAACUUGCUUCAGAAAUAAAUAUUUAGCCUUAUUUAUUAUUUUAAUUUUAUUAUGAAG